GACAUGAAGCGCCGCGCCAUCCUCGCCGACCGCAAGCGGAUCGAGGAGAAGGUGGAAGAGGCUAUCACCAUGGCGCGCCGGUCGAAGUUGAAGCGGCGGCGGCUGUAUUGGUUCCGGCGUGUCGAGAACUUGUCCAAGCUCAUCGUCUCUGCGGAGAACUUCGAGGAGGUGCUGCCGCCGCCAGGCGGCGCCGCUGCGGCUGGAGCGGCCGCGGCGCCCAGGGCGGCCCCCGGAGGCUCUGUCGGGGCGAUUCCGACGGCGACUGGGGUCUUGCUGAGCCGCAACGUGUCCGUGCCCUUCCUGCUCCGGCAGCUGGGCGGCGCGACAGGCCACCCCAAGCAGAAGUCCAGGCGGAUGCCCCACGUGGACAACGUGCAGCGCGAGCUCCAGGAGCUGUCCUACGACGUGCUCCCCGAGGACGAGCCGCGCUUCGCGCCGGAGCCCUCGCGGGGCCCAGGCCACCGGGAGAGGGCCGCGCAGCUGUACGGCUCCUUCUCGCAGGAGGAGAAGAACGCCCUGCUGGAGCAGAAGAUCUCGAUGCUCCAGAGGAAGAUCGAGGACGACGACCGGAAGGGCCAGCCCGUGGACCGCGUGGCGCAGCGGCUGCUGGAUGAGCUCAGCGCCACGCGCAUGGCCAAGAACGAAGGCGAGGAGCAGCGAAUCCGCAAGGCCGCGGCACGGGCAGCCCGCGGGGAGGACCCGCCCGGCCUGCCCACCUGGCGAGGCGGCGGCGGCGACGGCUUCUGA